AGCAGCUGAUUUCCAGGACAGCACAACUAUUACUGAAAAUGAAGAGUGCAAAGACAUUUGUGCACUGGAAUUAAGAGGCGUGGUGUUGGAAGGAAAACAAAAUCCUAAAUCAGAGAACAAAAAACAACAUUCCAGAGGCAGGAAUCAAAACUUCAGCUCCUGCUGCUACAAGAAACAGAUUCCUCCAUGAAGUAUCAUAUAAACAUUUCAGAUGACUACUAUGACUACUAUGACUAUGAUAAGCUGAAUGUUACUUUGGACUAUGCUGUACAUGACAUGAUUUGUGUCAAAGAAGAAGUGAGAUCUUUCAGCCAGUCAUUCCUACCAGCAUUUUACUCUAUUGUUUUCCUUGCUGGAGUUGCUGGAAAUUUCCUAGUGGUAGCAAUCUAUGCCUAUUUUAAAAAAUGGAAGACAAAGACUGAUAUAUACAUUCUUAACUUGGCUAUUGCUGACUUAUUAUUGUUAUUUACUCUUCCAUUUUGGGCUGGAAAUGCUGUUCAUGGAUGGGUGUUUGGCAUACCCUUAUGCAAAAUCACCGCAGCUAUAUAUGCUAUGAACUUUAGCACUAACAUGCAAUUUCUGGCCUGCAUCAGCAUUGAUAGAUACCAUGCUAUCAUCCAACCACAAGGUCAUCCAAUCACAAGGUCAACAAGGAAGCUAUGUUCCUUUGUCUGGAUAGUUGCCUUCUUUCUUUGCGUUCCUGAAUUGACUUUUCGAAUGGUCAUAACUUUCCAUGGCAGAUAUGUAUGUCUUGCCAUGUUUCCUACAAGCUGGGGAAAAAUGGCUAAGAUCAUCAUCGACAUCCUGGAAAUAGCACUGAGUUUUGUUUUGCCUCUCCUUAUCAUACUUAUCUGCUACUCAGCUAUAGCCAGAAUUCUCCUCAAAAGCUCCAGAGCUAAAAAAUCCCAGCCUCUGAAAGUCCUUGCAGCAGUUGUCAUUGUCUUUAUCCUCACCCAGCUGCCUUACAAUAUCUUGAAGCUUUGGAAAACCAUUCAUGUGAUCUUCCAUCUGAUCCAGGACUGUGGUACAAUAAAAAUCACUGAUGUUGCAUUGCAAGUAAGUGAGACUCUCGCACUGUUUCACAGCUGCCUGAAUCCUAUCCUGUUUUUUUUUAUGGGAACCUCUUUCAAAAUGCAUAUCAUCAACAUAGCAAAACAUUAUGGGUGCUGGAAAAGACAAGACAGCAUGAUAACUGAAGAGAUCCCAAUGGACUGUGAAGAUUCUGCAGAACAAACAAAUAGCUUUACAAUUUAGAAAAGGAAGAGAACAUUUUUUUUCAUGUUAGCUGCUCAGCAUCUAUCUGAAAUUUCAGAAAGGUCAUGUCAUUUAUUACUAAAACUACUAGGUUUAAGCAAAAUCAUUGCUACUUGAUCAUACGUACAUAUAUACAUACGCCUCCAUUAUGCUUUUCCCUUUCAGGGUAAGCCAUGUUAUGCAAAGGAGUAAGAAAUAGUAAGGCAAAGAAAUUACAGAAAUGAGAUCCGAAAAAGAAAGAAGUUAAAUUUAGUUUACACUAACCCCAUUCACUUUAUCUCUCCAUAUUUUUCUAGUCUUGCAAUUAUCACAUGCUAUUUCCUUGAGAUUGUCUCUUUUAGAACUUAUGGGAUCUAGCCUUGAUAAUUAACUUUUUUGGCAUUUCACCAAUAACAGCUUGGUGUUACUUGCCUUUGCUAUUUUGGGAAAGCGCUACCCUUUAAAGUAAUGAAAUAGAUGCAAA